UGACGCGGACAAGCGCAGAGCAGAGAGCACACUCCACCCUGCAGUCGGCCGAGAGCAAGGCGGCGGGGUUUUUCGUAGUAGCUGCAGUAGAUUGCUUGGCAUCGUUAUCAGCUCGCGAUUGCCUCCCUCCUAUAGUUAUCUCCAGAAAAUUGCAGCGCGAAGGUGGAAGCAGCACUUGAGAAUCGAGAGAGAGAGAGAGAGAGAGAGAGAGAGAGAGAGAGAGAGAGUUCUUGGACGAAUCCAUCCGGGAAGUGGAAAGCGUUCGAGGGAGAAGAGGAGGGGGGUUUGGAGCUGGGAGGGGAACAGGGGAUGGAGAUGGACAGCCCGCGGAGCCCCGAGGCGGAGAUCGGGCACCGGCUGGAGGACCUCUGGGAGGUGGCGGAGCCGCAACUCUCGCCGUCCGAGAAGCUCAACUCCUGCUUCGAGGAAAUCCCCGUCGCAUCCUUCCCGCGCACGCACCCAUCGCAAGUAAUUGAGAUACCCUCAGAUGCCAGUCUUGCUGAAACUGUCGAAAUAUUGUCCAAAAACAAAAUCCUGAGUGCACCCAUAAGAAACGUUGAAGCUCCAGAAGAUGCUAGUUGGAUGGACAAAUACAUUGGUAUUGUGGAAUUCGCUGGUAUUGCCAUGUGGCUGCUCAGUCAGUCUGAUGCUGCAGCUAAUGGGACGGCUGGGUCUGGAAUAGGAUCACCUGUCUCCAAUCUAGUUUCUAGGCUGGGUUCUUUCACAUUCAGAAGGACAUCAUCCGGCAGGGUAGAAACUGCUACUGAUUCUGAAUCAGAUGAAGCUGCAUCAGUUGGUGGAAGUUUUUUUGAAACCCUCACUUCCUCUGAGUUCUACAAGAAUACAAAGGUUGGCGAUAUCUCAGGGAGCUUCCGGUGGGCACCAUUUCUUGCACUGCAGACGUCUGACACAUUCCUUACCAUGUUGCUGCUUCUGUCCAAGUACAGAAUGAAGAGCCUGCCAGUAGUAGAAGUUGGAGGAGAUAAGAUUGAGAACAUCAUCACACAAUCUUCUGUUAUGCACAUGCUUGCAGAGUGUGUUGGACUCCCUUGGUUUGAGAGCUGGGGAACUAAGAAACUUUCUGAGCUUGGGCUUCCUAUCAUGAAACCGUCCAAACUUGUCAAGGUAAAUGAAGAUAAGCCGGUUCUAAAAGCCUUCCAACUGAUGAGGGAAAAAGGAGUUGGUGGUCUACCAGUCAUGGACACAAGUGGAGCAAAAGCAAUUGGUAACAUCAGUAUCAGAGAUGUUCAAUAUCUUCUAACUGCCCCCAAUAUAUACAAAGAGCACAGGACAAUCACAACAAAGGAUUUUCUCACAGCGGUCCGACAGCAUCUCCAGGAGCAACAUGAGACCUCACCCUUUCUGCACGAUGUGAUCACUUGCAAAAAGGACGAUACGAUCAAGGACAUUAUACUGAAGCUGGACUCUGAGAAGAUUCACAGGAUCUACGUCGUAGAUGACAAAGGGAACACUGAGGGGGUCAUCACAUUGAGGGACAUAAUCUCCAAGCUGGUGCAUGAGCCGCGCCACUACUUUGGGGAUUUCUUCGAUGGUGUUGUUCCACUGCCUGCAAAUAGCACUGUAUGAGACAGCUUUGUGAUCCAAUCGCACUGAUUGCGCAAAUGUACAUUAUGAACCGUUCUCUUCUGGAGGUUCCUUGUUGUGUACUUGUGUAUUCCUUUUCCCAACCUCCUCAUGUGAACAGAGUAUGAUCAACAAGGAAGUAAAAAAAGACUAAUGCACUAAUGAAUGGAAAUGGUGUACCCUGAAUAAUUAGGGAACUA